AGGAUACGUUGCGCGCCUGAGCGCACCAAUCGAGCGUGUGACGGUGACAAGUGAAGGUUUGUAUCGUGCACUUUGUUGGGGGCCAGAGACUUCUUCUGGAGCGGCAUCGAGAAACUGCAAUCGACGGCGCGUCACCAAAGGGUGCGCGCUGCAACACACAACCAUGUCCCGGAAAGGCGAAGCGGGCGUCCGGGGUUCUGCUCGGCCCAAGUUCAUCAACACGCCGGAGUCGUGCGUCGCCGACAGCCUGGCGGGCUUCGCGGCCGUCAACACGGCCGUCCGCGUACUCCGCGGAUGCGGCGCCCUGGUGCGAUACGACUACGAGCAGCUGGCCGACAAGGGGAAAGUGGCGCUGCUGUCCGGAGGCGGCUCCGGCCACGAGCCAGGAUUCAGCGGCUUCAUCGGACAGGGCUUGUUGACGGCUGUGGUAGUGGGACCCGUCUACACGUCUCCGUUCUCAGAUCACAUCCUGAGCGCAAUUAGGACAGUGGGAACCAAGAACAAAGGCGGCGUGCUGGUGUUCGUGUGCAACUAUACGGGCGACCGGCUGACCUUCGGCAUCGCCCUGGAGAAGGCCGUAGCGGAGGGAAUCCGCGCCGAGAUGGUGCUCAUCGCCGAGGACACCGCGCUCGCGCACACCUUCCCGUCCACCGGCCGGCGAGGCCUAUGCGGCUCGGUUUUCAUGAUGAAGAUUGCGGGCGCUAUGGCCGAAGAUCAGAAGGGCCUCGAUGAGAUCAAGGCGUUCAUUGAAGCCAAGAAGCAAAACAUGGGUACGAUAACAGUGGCGCUCACGCCUUGCAGCCUUCCUGGUAAGGACGAGCUGCUGUUCAACUUGCCAGCGGACAAGAUGGAGCUUGGCAUGGGUGUCCACGGGGAGGCUGGGGCCCUGCGAGUUCCUAUACUUUCCGCUGCGAAAACUGCCAAACUCAUGAUCAACCACCUGCGCAACGAGCAGUCAAAAAAUUCGCUGCACAUCAAGGAAGGCGACACCGUGGCCCUGAUGCUGAACAACCUUGGCGGCCUCACUACGAUGGAGAUGAACAUCCUCGCCAAGGAGGUCAUCGCAUACGUUGAGAGCCUUGAUGUCCACGUGGUGCGCGCUUACAUGGGCCUCUACAUGACGUCACUGGAGAGCGCUGGCAUCUCGGUCUGCCUGCUCAAGGUAGACGAGCAGGUGCUCCACUACCUCGAUGCGCCCACGACUGCCCCGGCCUGGACAAAACCGUACUGCACGGGGCUACCUCGAUAUUGCACGGCGCUACCUCGAUCCGCGUCGAUCGAGCUAGAGCAUCUGGCACUCAAGCACCGCCAUGACGAUGGGCAAGUCUUGGCCGAAGACAAGGUCUACGUGCUGAACGCUGCUGAGUGCGAGGUGUUCCGGACGUGCCUGCAAGCAGCCUGCGAUGCCCUGCUUUCCCGCGAGAAAGAGCUGGACAAGCUGGACUCUGAGAGCGGCGACGGGGACUGUGGUGCCACCCUGGCUGCCGGAGCGAACGGCGUGCUGACAUACCUCAACUCAAAGCCCCCGCUACAGCAUCCGAGCGUGGUGUUCCGACAGCUGUCCACCACCGUCAGCUGCAGCAUGGGCGGCGCCUCGGGCGCCCUCUACAGCUUGCUGCUGCUGGGUGCCUCGCGAGGUUUCCAACUCGCAAGCGGCUUCAGUGCCUGGGUGACCGCGCUUGAUCUAGGCAUGAAGCUGGUCAGCAAGUACGGCAUGGCGCAGGUCGGAGACCGCACCAUGCUGGAUCCCUUGGACGCAGCGCUGACCGUGCUGAGCAGCAACGCAGCCGCUACCGACCCGAGAACCUUCCGGCAGGUGCUGCACGAGAUUCUAGGUGCCCUGUCGGCCUCCACGGCUGCCACGAGGUCCAUGCGAGCCAAGGCCGGCCGCGCAUCCUACGUGAACCCGGAGAUGCUCAAGAACCCAGACCCGGGGGCACGCGCCGUCGAGAUCUGGAUGUCGCACGUCAUUCACGUACUGCUCGGCGACGGAAAUGUCAGCGGCAGCAAAGGCAGUGGAGGAUCGACGUUGCCGGCCGCCGUAGUCCAAUUGAUUGGCGGUGUUCCUGUUCGUGGCCACAUUUUGCAUAUAGUAAACGUCCUCUUUUCAUAUGUGCGAGUUCUUAAUGCGAGCGAAUCAUUAUUUGCCUCAUUCUAGGCACUUCGCAAUAGGUCGGUAGGUAUAGUCUCUGUGUC